AUGGAAGACUUUGUGCAGAGCUCUGGAGAAGAGGGAGUGGUGUGUUUUCCCUGGGGUCCAUGAUCAGUAACCUGACUGAAGAAAGGGCCAAUGUGAUUGCAUCAGCUCUUGCCCAGCUGCCACAAAAGGUUCUUUGGCGAUUUGAAGGCAAGAAACCAGACAUGUUAGGAUCCAACACCCGGCUCUAUAAGUGGAUCCCCCAGAAUGACCUUCUUGGUCAUCCAAAAACCAAGGCUUUUAUAACUCAUGGUGGAGCCAAUGGUGUCUUCGAGGCAAUCUACCAUGGCAUUCCCAUGGUGGGCAUUCCUUUGUUUGGAGAUCAACUUGAUAACAUUGUCUACAUGAAGGCCAAGGGAGCUGCUGUUAAGUUGAACUUGAAAACAAUGUCCAGUGCAGAUUUGCUCAAUGCCUUGAAGACAGUCAUUAAUGACCCUUCCUAUAAGGAGAACGCCAUGACAUUAUCAAGAAUUCACCACGAUCAGCCCAUGAAGCCACUGGACCGAGCAGUCUUCUGGAUCGAGUACGUCAUGCGCCACAAAGGAGCCAAACAUCUCCGGGUUGCAGCCCAUGACCUCACCUGGUACCAGUACCACUCUCUGGAUGUGAUUGGGUUCCUGCUGGCCUGUGUGGCAAUCACUACUUACCUUAUUGUGAAAUGUUGCCUUCUUGUUUAUCGAUAUGUUCUUGGGGCAGGAAAGAAGAAAAAGAGGGAUUAGAGCUUGUUCAUGUCUAAGGCUAUUAAUUUACCAGAGUUGAAAUCAUUCCUUUGAUAUCAAAGACUAUGUAUCAUUGUGUGGAAGAUGGUCCUUCUCAUUUGGUCAGACCUGUGCCUUCCUGAUUUUUCCAGAUGUUUUAUUCUUGAUUAAACGUUUAGAAACACACAACUCAAAUUGCACAGAUCCUCAAGUAAUACUACUUUAA